CGUUCUCAUUCCAUCACCUGCGUUCCUUCACCUGGGAGAGAGCAGCCUGCUGUUUGGCACAAGGGAUCCUAUGGAUCAAUUCGAUUUGACUGGCGUUAUAAUAUGACCGUGAAAGUUUCCUCAAAUUCCGUUGUACUAUAUUCCAAGUACUAUAAAGAGGUACUGUAUCGAGGCGCACCUCGGCGAUCUUUAUGAUCCUCAGGAGGCUUCAUUCUGUAUCCUACCAAGAUAUUUUGGACAAUCCUAUCGUAACAGCGUUUUGGGAAGCAUUGCCCUCGUGACACGUCAGCGACUUCUGACCUCGCAAUUGUUCGUCGGGAUAAACGGACAGAGGUUUUCCACAAAGGCGCUCCAACAUUUUGGAGCGGGUCUUCCAUUUUCACUCGCUCUGGCCCGAUGCUGCCCUUUUCCACGGCACCGUACCAGCGUGGCUCCGUUCUCCUCGGUUCGGAGCCAGUACGUUUUCCGCUUCACGGUCGUCGUCGGGGGAUACCGCGAGAGCCCAAAAACCUCAUUAAACACAUCGGUCUCUGCGAAGUAGGCUGAACAAGAACAGAGGCGUGGCGAGGAUGAUUUUGCAUGGGAUGAAAGGUUCUCUUGAAAUGUUCCGCACUCCUGUUUCCACACUAUCGUUGUAUCGAAUCGGGAAUAAUUCUAAAGUACGCCCAAAAAGUAAAGCAAGUGCAGAGCUCGGCGUGGAUGGAAAUCAAGUGAACCUAGUUUCGCCAGCCAACGAGGUGAGACUGACGCGAAUCCGAAGUGCCUCCGCUGGUUCCGGUGCAUUUUGCCUCCGUUGUGCCACGACACAAUCGCUUUUGUAGCGUCGACGGAUAGCUGCCAAGGAAUUGAUUCGAAUGCCCGGCCCUCUGAAGAAGAGAGAGAACUUAGUUCUUGUUAGUUUUGUUUGUGGAUCCUCAAAUGUUAAAAUGAUGCUGCUCUCGCGGUGAAUCAUCUUGACCAGUAACCAAUUAACCGGCAGUGGUUCACCCAUGUGGCGCGAGCGGAAUGUGGAACAGCUGUUCGCUCGCAGUAGUUGCCGUCAGUCCGGGUUCUGGAAUGCUUUCGAUUUGCCACAGACUCCUCUGCCUGUUCAUCCCGAGUGCCUGCCAGGCUCCAUGAUGGCGGCCUUUGCCCACUUCGAAGCAUCUCCCGGGGCAGUCUUUCGCCGCACGAUCCGUCCGCGCACGCGCGAGAAGGCGAGGCCGAGUCUCCCCGAGAGAUUGAGCCCGGAAACGGGAGCGGGAGGAAAGUGCACCGAAAGAUGAGAGACGAAAACCUGCUGAGCUGGAAAGGAGUGAAUAACGGAGGAGCGACGCUCAAGGACGUCCAACAGCAGCGCCACGCUGUCCUCGUGCGCGUCGAUGGAGCCGUGCGUGUGUCCGGAGGACGGCGCCUUCACCGCACCGUCGCACGCUGACGUCACCUUCCGCAAGAUGGAGGGCUACUUGAGGAGUCGACGGCUGUGCGACGUCACGCUGGUGGCCGGCGACCGGCGGAUCCCCGCGCACAGGCUGGUUCUCUCGUCCGUGUCCGACUACUUUGCGGCCAUGUUCACCAGCGACGUGCGGGAGGCCAAGCGGGACGAGGUGAAGAUGGAGGGUGUUGACCCAGAUGCAUUGUGGGUCCUGGUGCAGUACGCUUACACGGGGCGUCUGGAGUUGAGGGAGGACACCGUCGAGUCUCUGCUGUCCGCCUCUUGUCUGCUGCAGUUGUCUUCCGCGGCGCAAGCUUGCUGUUCCUUCCUCGUGAAGCAGCUCCACCCUUCCAAUUGCCUCGGCAUCAGCUCCUACGCCAACGCUCAGGGCUGCCACGACCUGCGGAGGGUCGCUCACACCUACGCUAUGGAACACUUUGCGGAGGUGGUCGGGGCCCAAGAGUUCACGCUGCUUCCGGCGGACGAGAUGGAGAGGCUGCUCACGUCCGACGACAUCAACGUGCCGGACGAGGAGACGGUCGUAACCGCUUUGCUGACGUGGGUGCGUCACGACGCGGCGGCGCGACAACGUGACCUGCCGCAGCUUCUCGCUCAUGUCAGAUUGCCGCUGCUGCAGCCGCAGUUUCUAGCAGACCUGGAGGCCAGCCCCGCGCUCCGAGACAGCGCCGACUGCCAGCGGCUGUUGCUGGAGGGAAUGAAGUACCACCUCCUGCCGCAGCGUCGGCCCCUGCUUCAGAGCCCGCGCACGCGGCCCCGCAAGGCCACCGUCGGCGCCAUGUUGGCCGUUGGCGGAACGGACGCCACAAAAGGUGCCACCAGCAUCGAGCAGUACUGUCUACGGCGGGACACGUGGAAGCAGGUGGCGGCCGUGAGCGGUCGGAGGCUCCAGUUCGGCGCGGCCGUCCUGGAGGGUCGCCUCUACGUGGUGGGGGGCCGAGACGGACUCAAGACCCUCAACACGGUGGAGUGUUACAACCCUCGCUGCAAGAGCUGGAGUGCCAUGCCGCCCAUUUCCACGCACAGACACGGCCUCGGCGUCGCCGUCCUGGAGGGGCCGAUGUACGCCGUAGGAGGACACGACGGCUGGAGCUACCUCAGCACAGUAGAAAGGUGGGAUCCUCAAGCUCGCCAGUGGAGCUUCGUUGCCAGCAUGGCCACUCCCAGAAGCACCGCGGGAGUGGCAGUACUCCACAGCAAGUUGUACGCAGUCGGAGGUCGCGACGGUUCCUCCUGCCUGCGCUCCGUGGAGUGUUUCGACCCGCACACCGACAGGUGGACCGCUUGCGCUCCCAUGGCGAAACGGCGCGGCGGCGUGGGCGUGGCCACGUGGCACGGCUUCCUGUACGCCAUCGGCGGUCACGAUGCCCCCGCCUCGUCUCUGGCGUCGCGGCUGAGUGACUGUGUGGAGCGGUAUGACCCUCAGACUGACGUGUGGACGGCCGUGGCCCCCAUGAGCCUCAGCAGAGACGCGGUGGGGGUUUGUCUCCUUGGCGACCGUCUGUACGCCGUCGGCGGCUACGACGGCCAAGUCUACCUCAGUACGGUGGAGGCCUACGACCCGCAGACCGACGAGUGGACUCAGGUAGCGCCGCUGUGUCUGGGGCGGGCCGGAGCGAGUGUGGUGGUGGUCAAAAUGUGACAACGCACGAGAAGGCCCAUGGGGCGAGCUGCAAAGGAGCAAAGCCAACUAGAAGCGCGAGCGGGCUUCUACGACGUGAACGAUAAUUGUCAGCCUCCGACAUCGCGAUCUCCUCCAGCAGCGACAGUCGUGAUGAAAGGCAUUCUGCGGCUGGCCUUGUUUCAGCAUGACAGUCCCUUUUUAUUAUUAUUUUUGCUCCUCCAGUUCAGGCAGAAAACGUAUACACACACACACACACACUUGUACAUUUCUGCCCACGAAGAAAGUUACACUCUUGAUUUGUAGCAGUCGUUUUAACGUCUUCAUUGGCAAAGAGCGUUCCUUUCUUUCUCACCCACAACAUAAAACAAUCAGCACAACCUGAAGGAACCAUAAACCUCCUCCUCCUCCUCCUGCUGCAGUCUUUCUUUUAAAUUGCAUCAAAUGAAAGACAAAGUAUCUGUAUUGUUAUUGAAAAAUCAAUUAUCAGGACUAACAAUUUCAGCACAAGGACCGUUUUUUUUUUUUUACAACGCAUCAUAUAUUGCUAGUGCACUAGUGACAAUAAGGAAGCAGUCAAACGGCAUGCUUUUUUGUUGCUGUUGACACCUAACGAAUCAAAUUUUGCCAAGAAACUGAUUUUAAAAAAAAAAAAAAAAAAAACACAUUCAGCAUUUUAACCGAUGAUCCAACAAGUCUAAUUUUGGGGACUGCUGCUCUAUAAUAAUAAUGUAUUAUUUUUCUCAUGUAGCAGAGGGUCAGUAACAACUCGACGUAACAUUGGGAUGGCUCUGCUUCAUCAAAUCUAAGUCAUGUAUGUAAAUGUCAAAGUACACAGCAGCAAAUAUUGAACUUACGAAUGACACAGUGAAAAGAAAAAUGUACUGUCAUAAUCUACAUACAAUAUUGUAUAUAUUCGCAACGGUAUGGCCCCCAUAAUAUUCCAUCCAUUUUGCAAGUCAGACAACAAUCGACAUCAAUGGCAAACAAAAUUAUUUUCCCACCAUGUCCCAACUUUUUUUUUGUGUGCAAAAUUAAAUUUAUUCAAUUACAACUGAAUAACAUUGCAACUUUAUUUUCAGUGACUCAAACAUAGUUGAGAAUGAAUGCAUUUGUUUAAACUUCACAAGUUUAACCAACAUUUACUACGCUGCCUUUUUUUUUUUGGUACCAUAUAGCAAGGCACCUCAUAUUUGACAUCAAUCAUGUAUGUGCCUGUACAUACAUGUAUGCUUUAACAUGCUCUUAUUUCUUUCAUUAAAAUAAAAGUAGAGUCACAAGCACUUUGGUCAACUCUGUAAAACUGCACUCCAUCACGUUUACGGUCCAGGCAGUUUCCAUUUGUCGGACACGUUUAGCCAUUAAACACAAGACGAGCAAGGGGGUGGAUGCUUUUGGCGGCUCCGGCCAGCGGCAUGAACAGGUUGCAGGCUGUCGUGGACUUGACUCAAUGUUAUUCCGCAUUAAAAUUCUGGAUUGCUGUGAGCAUGAAGCGUCAUAGCGAACUGGACGAGAAGAGCGCCGG